UGAAUACAUGAAUAUGAAAAUUUUCAUGAGAAUUUGCCGGUGUAUGUACGCACCGCGCUGAAACCUCGAAUGAACGCACUACGCAGUAGCGACACGACGGCGUUGUACUCGGCUGCAUCAUCGCGGCAUCGCAUCAAUCUGAGCAAGCGGAUCCUGUGCCGAUCGGAAACUUGUAAAUCUGCGAUAGCACGACUGAAAGUUAAGGACGUCCGUGUGUGCACGUCCUCCGUAUAUAUGUGGGGAACAGGUGGGAACGUGUGCGCCUUUUGGCCCCCCCACGAAGCGGAGACGAGCUCGUUCCCUCGGACGUGUCCCAUUGGCUAUUCCCCGCGGAACAGUAUCUGGGUCCCACGAAACUUGGGACCGACGGCAUUCUUCGCAGUCGAGAAGAUUCCCGGUGACCGACAGCGAGUCCCCCCUCCCUCGUCGGACAUUCUCCGCAGUUCGCCGAUUGUCGGGGAGUCCGUAACAAGCUGCUUUCCCGAUCGCGUCAACUGUGUGAAUCAAUCGGCGCGAAAGUGUGAACGUUUCUUAUAUAUUAAAUUGUGCUCAUGUGUGAUUUCUCAUCGAUAUAUUAUCGCCGACGAAGAAAAGCAAGAAGAAAUCGAGGUCACGUGGAAAGUGCAUAAAAAAACUAUAUAUUUAUGAUAUGUCAUUGAACCAAAAGGAGUAAAACAAUGUAAUUAGAAUCUCUCCGAGUUAAAUUAAAAUUCACACACUGGCGCACAUAAA